AGGCUUCAGCAGAGGGUUGAGGCUAAACUCCCUUCCCAGCCAGUGUACCUGAUGCUCCUAAGCCCAGGCCAGCAGCAGGGCCUGGCCAUCCUGACAAUGCCGCUUAUCCUGUACACCUGUCUUCUCUGCCUGUGCGUGAGCAGCCUGUGGGCCAACCAGGCUGAGGAUGCCAGUACUGUCUCAGGGACAGAGAGCCAUUCCCGGGGCCUGGCACCAACCAAUGUUGACUUUGCCUUCAGCUUGUAUCAGCGUCUCGUGGCCUCGGCUCCUGACAGGAACAUCUUUAUCUCCCCUGUGAGCAUCUCCAUGGCCUUAGCCAUGCUGUCCCUUGGUACCAGCGGCCACACCCGGACCCAGCUUCUCCAGGCCCUGGGCUUUAACCUAACCAGAAUGUCAGACACCGAGAUCCACCAGAACUUUAGACACCUAUACCAGCUCCUCAAGGAGUCAGACACCAGCUUGGAAAUGGCCAUGGGCAAUGCCUUGUUCCUCAACCACAACCUGCAUCCACAGGAGUCCUUCUUAGCAGCUAUCAAAUGCUACUAUGAGUCAGAGGCUUUGGCUGCAGAUUUUCAGAACUGGACCAGCGCCAGCAGACAGAUCAAUGAGUACAUCAGCAAUAAGACACAGGGGAAGCUCAUGGAUAUGUUCUCAGAACCAGACAGUCCAGCCAUCCUUAUCCUGAUCAACUACAUCUACUUCGGAGGCACAUGGGAACAGCCCUUCAACCCAGAAAGCACCCAAGAGAAGAACUUCCAUGUGAAUGAGACAACCACGGUGACAGUGCCCAUGAUGUUCUGGUCGGGCUCUGUCCAAUACCUGCAGGACCCAGUGCUCCCCUGCCGGCUGGUACAGCUACACUUCACUGGCAAUGGGACCGUCUUCCUCAUCCUUCCAGACCAGGGACAGAUGGACACAGUCAUCGCUAGGCUAAGCCGGGACACCAUCCAGCGCUGGUCGGAUUCCCUGACCCAGCGCCCAGUGGACCUGUACCUACCGAAGCUCUCCGUCUCGAGUGCCUAUGACCUCAGGGAUGUGUUGACAGAAAUGGGCUUUGCGGACUUGUUCUCCAGCCAGGCCAAUUUCUCAGCCAUAUCCCAGGAGGCCCCGCUGAAGUUAUCAAAGGUUGUCCACAAGGCCAUGCUGCACAUGGACGAGAGAGGUAGAAAGGAAGCAGCAGAUCCUGGGGUCACUGUAAAGCAAGAGUCUGAGCCAGUCACCUUCGCUUUCGACCACCCCUUCCUUGUCCUGAUCUUUGAUAAUUUCACAUGGAGCAGCCUGCUCCUGGGCAAGGUGCUGGACCCGAGCGAAGUCUUGCUGCUGAAAGGAGGAGUCCUUGGCCUCCACACUGGUCUCAUGAGGGUGACACCAGGCCUCCUGCUCUCAGUCCUCCUGGUGGAGCUGCUGGCACCUAGCUGGGCCCUCGGUCCCCUUUCACCAGAGUAUCAUGCAGAUCUAGAGAGUUUGGAGCGCGAGGAUCCUCUGAGCCAAACUUGGGGGGCCACGCCGGCUCCCCCUGAUGAUGAGAAGAAGGAAAGGGAUGAGGAGGAGGAAGAGGAUGAGGAGGAGGCGCAGCUGAGGACCCACAUGCAACAGCUCUCCAAUGCGACUUCGAACUUUGGGUUCAACCUGCUGCGAAAGAUCUCCAUGACACACGAUGGCAACGUGGUCUUCUCGCCGCUCGGCAUGGCCUUGGCCAUGGCAGGCCUGAUGCUGGGCGCGGAAGGGCAGACGAGAGCCCAGGUGGAGCACGGCCUCCAGCUGCAGGCACUGGGUGGCACGCAGCCCCUGCUCCUGCCCACCCUCUUCAAGCGGCUCAGACAGACUCUCUCCAGCAACGUGGAGCUGGGCCUUGCCCAGGGGAGCUUUGCCUUCAUCCACAAGGAUUUCCAAGUCAAUGAGACCUUCCUCAAUUUAUCCAAGAGGUAUUUCGACACAGAGUGUGUGCCUACAAACUUUCACAAUGCCUCACAGGCCAGAGGGCUCAUGAAUUAUUACAUUAACAAAGCGACUCAGGGAAAAAUUCCCAAACUCUUUGAUGGGAUCAACCCUGAAACAAAAUUAAUUCUUGUGGAUUACAUCUUGUUCAAAGGGAAGUGGCUGACCCCCUUCGACCCCGUCCUCACCGAAGCUGACACUUUCCACUUGGACAAGUACAGGGCAGUGGAAGUGCCCAUGAUGUACAGAGAGGGACGGUUUGCCUACACUUUUGAUAGCAAUUUUCAUUGUCACGUUCUUCAACUGCCCUACCGAGGAAAUGCCGCCAUGCUGGUGGUGCUUAUGGAGAAAAUGGGGGACCACCUCGACCUGGAAGACUACCUGACCACAGACCUGGUGGAAACGUGGCUCAGGAACAUGCAAACCAGGAAAAUGGAGGUUUUCUUUCCGAAGUUCAAGCUGGACCAGAAGUAUGAGAUGCAUGAGCUGCUGAAGCAGAUGGGAGUCAGGAGAAUCUUCUCACCCUUGGCCGACCUCGGUGGACUGUCAGCUACUCCAAGGAAUCUGCAGGUGUCCAAGGUUGUACAACAAUCAGUGAUCGAAGUUGACGAAAAAGGAACAGAGGCAGUGACAGGAACCCUGUCAGAAAUUAUUGCUUACUUCAUGCCUCCCACCGUCAAAGUGGACCGGCCAUUUCACUUCAUGAUCUAUGAGGAGACCUCCAGGAUGCUCCUAUUUCUGGGCAGGGUGGUAGACCCGACUCUCCUGUGACUCAUGACACCCACAAACAGUGCAACGGCAGGUGCUGAAGUGGCGGCACCUAACCCCUCACAGGACACCCCGCUGGGUGGUGGAGGUGAGGCACCUCCUUCUGUCCUCAGCUGCUGCGGGCUGGUCUCAAAUUAAGACCCAUUAAACUGACACAGUUAAAGGA